CGGCGGCGGAGGAGGAGGAGGAGCAGGGAGCGGAGGCCGCAGGCCGGACCGGGCCGGUCCCCGCCAUGUGGUUCCUGUACGUGCUGAGCUGGCUGUCCCUGCUCAUCCAGGUGGCCUUCGUCACCCUGGCCAUCGCGGCCGGGCUGUACUACCUGGCGGAGCUCAUCGAGGAGUACACCGUGGCCACCAGCCGCGUCAUCAAGUACAUGAUCUGGUUCUCCACGGCCGUGCUGGUCGGCCUCUACCUUUUCGAGCGCUUCCCCAGCUUCAUGGUGGGCCUGGGCCUGUUCACCAAUCUGGUCUACUUUGGCCUGCUGCAGACAUUCCCGUUCAUCAUGCUCACCUCGCCCAACUUCAUCCUGUCCUGCGUGUUGGUCGUAGUGAAUCACUACCUCGCGUUCCAGUACUUUGCCGAGGAAUACUACCCCUUCUCAGAGGUCCUGGCCUAUUUCACGUUCUGCCUGUGGAUCACCCCGUUCGCCUUCUUCGUGUCGCUCUCGGCCGGGGAGAACGUCCUGCCGUCCACGGUGCAGCCCGGAGAUGACGUGGUGUCCAACUACUUCACCAAGGGGAAGCGCGGCAAGCGCUCGGGGAUCCUCGUCAUCUUCUCCUUCAUCAAGGAGGCCAUCCUGCCCAGCCGCCAGAAGAUGUACUGACCGCCCGGCAGGGGGUACGGACAGCCGGGGACGACGGGGCCGGCGGCGGGAAGACCCUCCCGCCCAGACCCGCCGGCCUCCCCCUCGCCAGCGCCGCCUCGGAGGAGCCGCGGGCCCCGGGGCGCCCAGCUCGACGGGAAGCGAGCGGAGGGGGUCCCGUCCCGGGGCCCCCCACAGCCGGCAGGAGCCACGGGUCCGCGCGAGUCCUCGUGAGAGCCGGGACGCCUCUGCGGGGGUCUCCCCGGGCGUCGUGUGUGUCCCCCCCCCCCCCCCCCCCCUUUGCGCAGGCCCGGCUGUCGCUGGAUCUCACCGGGACCGUGACCCCGCCUUGGGGCCGCCUACCCUGUCCGGGGCUGCUCGGGCACGGCCCGAGCCCCCCCGACCCUGACUGAUCCAUCUCCCCGGAGGGACCGGGCAAGGGGGUCACCCGGAUUUGGGUCCGGAGCCCGCAUCUCGGUGGGGAGGGGCCCGACGGCGGUUUCCGUGGGUGCCCCCCACUGCCCCGUCGAAUAAAGAUCCCAAGCGGUAGCGAGCGUC